CAAUGAAAACCUGAAAACACCCAGCCCUUUCCCCUUUCUCAUCCCCUCUCCUUCCAGCUCACUCAACCAUGCAUUCACCAGGGAAGUCGCUACCUGCAGACUGAACAGACUGCAGCUAGUCUGCUGUGAAGACAUUUAUUCCUCUUUAUUCUUUAUCUUUUGGAGAGCUUUGGGUUAAAGUAGGGAAAGAAUCACAGCAUAAAAAAGCAAGAAAAGGGACUAGAGUGGUGGGAUGUGAAGGGAAUGUAGCAUGUCAUGUGCUUUAGCAAAGGCAGUUGCAGCAGCAAGUCAUUAAGUCAGACUGCACCAUUUUCUUCUCACCCUGUAAUGAGGUGAUGCUGGCAGCUGCAAGGAGCUGCCCACCCCCAGCGACCCACCCACCCACCUACUUUCAGCAGCUGUACAGAGGUGGUUCCCUACUGGCUCUCGAUCCUAAAGACACAGCCCUUCUGGAGGAAUCUCAACCGACCUUUCUCAGUGUGGUGAAAUUGGCUCCUAGGCGGGAUUUUCCUUUAGCUGUCACAGCCUGCUGUCAGUGAGGCUUCUGCUCCGGUAGCUGUUUGUGCUGCGGUGUACAUGUCCCUCCCUACAUUUGUGUGUCUCUGUGGAGAGCAAGAGAGAUUCUUAAAUCUAGACAUGCCUGUGUUCUGCUGAAUUGUGGAUGCUGCAGAGGCUGGAGUGGACCUGUGACCUAUUGCAACGUGCUGGAGGAGGAAGAGGGAGGGGAAAAGGAUUGCACUGUGAAUUCCUGGCUUCGAGCAUCAUUUCAUCAGUGCCCUUCUGAGAUCAACAAAUUCUUCUGGAUAUCUGGGAGUACUAGAAAGUGAAUCCUCUAAGCAGGUGUCCUCUUUGCCAAAAUGGCUCAUGCAGCUGCUUCUAUUAAAAAAGUCCGUGAAGCUGAAGUUGAUGAAAAGGAGAAGGAGAAAGAGAGGGAGAGGGAGAAGAAAAGGCAGAGGAGAAUCUCUAGGGAAAAUCGGAAACGCAAGUCUGACAGCAAUGCAAGCUUCCUCAGAGCUGCCAGGGCUGGCAAUGUGGACAAAGUAGUGGAAUUUCUAAAGGGAGGAAUCGAUAUCAAUACAUGUAAUCAGAAUGGACUCAACGCCCUCCAUCUUGCUGCAAAAGAAGGCCAUGUGGGUUUGGUACAGGAAUUACUGGAAAGAGGAUCUGCGGUGGAUUCUGCCACCAAGAAAGGCAAUACUGCGCUGCACAUUGCAUCCUUGGCAGGACAGGGUGAAGUGGUCAAAGUUCUCGUUAAGGAAGGAGCCAAUAUUAAUGCACAAUCUCAGAAUGGCUUUACUCCAUUAUACAUGGCAGCUCAAGAAAACCACAUUGAAGUAGUAAAAUACCUUCUGGAAAAUGGAGCCAAUCAGAGCACUGCUACUGAGGAUGGCUUCACUCCAUUAGCGGUUGCACUGCAGCAAGGUCAUAACCAGGCAGUGGCUAUCCUUCUGGAGAAUGACACAAAAGGGAAAGUGCGUUUGCCAGCAUUGCACAUUGCUGCCAGGAAAGAUGAUACCAAGUCAGCAGCACUUCUGCUCCAGAAUGAUCACAAUGCUGAUGUUCAGUCUAAGAUGAUGGUGAAUAGGACAACUGAGAGUGGCUUCACGCCUUUGCACAUAGCAGCACACUAUGGAAAUGUCAAUGUAGCAACACUUCUGCUCAACCGGGGAGCUGUUGUGGAUUUCACAGCAAGGAAUGGAAUCACUCCACUGCAUGUGGCUUCCAAAAGGGGAAACACAAACAUGGUGAAGCUCUUAUUGGAUCGUGGCGGGCAGAUCGAUGCCAAAACCAGGGAUGGACUGACUCCACUCCACUGUGCUGCACGAAGUGGACAUGAUCAGGCUGUAGAGCUCCUCCUGGAACGAGGUGCCCCGCUUCUUGCCAGGACCAAGAAUGGACUUUCUCCUCUUCAUAUGGCUGCUCAAGGUGACCAUGUGGAGUGUGUCAAACACCUACUGCAGCACAAAGCUCCUGUGGAUGAUGUCACACUGGAUUACCUGACUGCCCUCCAUGUGGCUGCACACUGUGGCCAUUAUCGUGUCACCAAACUUCUGCUGGACAAGAGAGCAAAUCCAAAUGCUCGUGCUUUGAAUGGUUUUACUCCACUGCACAUUGCUUGCAAGAAAAAUCGCAUUAAAGUCAUGGAACUGCUGGUGAAAUACGGGGCUUCUAUCCAAGCUAUAACAGAGUCGGGCCUCACUCCAAUACAUGUGGCUGCAUUUAUGGGUCACUUGAACAUAGUUCUCCUUCUGCUGCAGAAUGGAGCCUCUGCAGAUGUCACUAACAUUCGUGGUGAGACAGCAUUACACAUGGCAGCUCGUGCAGGACAGGUGGAAGUGGUGCGCUGCCUCUUAAGGAAUGGUGCUCUGGUUGAUGCCCGAGCAAGGGAGGAACAGACUCCACUGCACAUUGCCUCUCGCUUGGGAAAAACAGAAAUUGUCCAGUUGUUGUUGCAGCACAUGGCACAUCCAGAUGCUGCAACCACUAAUGGUUAUACACCAUUACACAUCUCUGCCCGAGAAGGUCAAGUUGAUGUAGCAUCAGUGCUCCUGGAGGCAGGUGCAGCACACUCUUUGGCAACCAAGAAGGGAUUCACACCACUGCAUGUGGCAGCUAAGUAUGGAAGCCUAGAUGUGGCAAAACUCCUGUUGCAGCGUCGUGCAUCUCCUGAUUCAUCUGGAAAGAAUGGGCUCACCCCCCUCCAUGUUGCUGCUCAUUAUGACAACCAGAAGGUGGCACUACUAUUGCUGGAGAAAGGUUCUUCUCCCCACGCUACUGCCAAGAAUGGAUAUACACCCCUACAUAUUGCUGCUAAGAAGAACCAGAUGCAGAUAGCCACAACCCUGCUGAAUUAUGGAGCAGAGACCAAUAUUUUGACUAAACAAGGAGUGACUCCUCUUCACCUGGCCUCUCAGGAGGGUCAUGCUGACAUGGUGAACUUGCUUCUGGAAAAAGGUGCAAAUAUUCAUGUGGCCACAAAGAGUGGACUGACAUCUUUACACUUAGCAGCUCAAGAAGAUAAAGUGAAUGUAGCAGAUAUGUUGAUAAAGCAUGGGGCAAACAAAGAUGCUCAGACUAAGCUAGGUUACACUCCAUUAAUUGUGGCCUGUCACUAUGGGAACAUUAAGAUGGUCAACUUUCUCCUAAAGCAAGGAGCUAAUGUUAAUGCUAAGACAAAGAAUGGAUACACACCUCUUCAUCAAGCUGCUCAGCAAGGUCACACACACAUUAUCAAUGUUCUCCUCCAGCAUGGGGCCAAACCAAAUGCAACCACUGCGAAUGGUAAUACUGCCUUAGCAAUUGCAAAGCGUCUGGGAUACAUCUCUGUAGUCGAUACAUUAAAGGUUGUAACAGAGGAAGUAGUUACCACUACAACUACUGUAACUGAGAAACACAAACUCAAUGUACCAGAAACUAUGAGUGAAGUCUUAGAUGUUUCUGAUGAGGAGGGUGAUGAUACCAUGACCGGAGAUGGGGGUGAAUAUCUUAGACCAGAAGACUUGAAAGAACUAGGUGAUGACUCGUUACCUAGCAGCCAGUUCUUAGAUGGUAUGAAUUACCUGAGGUACAGCCUGGAAGGAGGUCGAUCUGACAGCCUGCGAUCUUUCAGUUCAGACAAGUCCCAUACACUGAGCCACGUCUCCUACCUGAGGGACAGCACCAUGAUUGAUGAUGCAGUUGUUAUCCCCAGCCACCAGGUAACCACACUGGCCAAAGAAGGCGAAAGAACAUCAUAUCGCUUAAGUUGGAGUCCUGAUAACUUGGACAACGUAGCUCUUUCUGCUAGCCCUAUACAUUCUGGCUGCCUGGCUUCAAAAAAGGACAUUGGAUCAUUGCUAACAAGCCACUCCUCUCCAUGUUUUGACCAUGACAACAGCAGUUUCCUGGUCAGUUUCAUGGUGGAUGCGCGAGGUGGUGCCAUGCGGGGGUGCAGGCACAAUGGACUUAGAAUCAUUAUUCCACCUCGGAAAUGCACUGCUCCAACUCGAGUUACCUGCCGGUUGGUCAAACGCCAUAGACUAGCCACAAUGCCUCCAAUGGUGGAAGGAGAAGGGUUGGCUAGCCGUAUCAUUGAGGUUGGACCAUCUGGUGCUCAGUUUCUUGGUAAACUUCACCUGCCUACGGCUCCUCCCCCACUUAAUGAGGGAGAAAGUUUGGUCAGCCGAAUCCUUCAGCUGGGGCCUCCAGGGACCAAAUUUCUUGGGCCUGUGAUUGUCGAGAUCCCCCACUUUGCGGCUCUGCGGGGUAAAGAAAGGGAGCUGGUUAUCCUGCGCAGUGAGAAUGGAGACAACUGGAAGGAGCAUUUCUGUGAAUAUACAGAGGAUGAACUAAAUGAAAUCCUAAAUGGAAUGGAUGAAGUACUGGAUACUCCAGAAGAACUGGAGAAGAAACGCAUUUGCCGUAUCAUCACUCGAGACUUUCCACAGUAUUUUGCAGUAGUGUCACGGAUCAAACAAGAUAGUAACCUCAUUGGACCAGAAGGCGGUGUGCUCAGUAGCACCGUAGUACCUCAAGUACAAGCCGUCUUUCCAGAGGGAGCACUAACAAAGCGAAUUCGUGUUGGUCUUCAGGCCCAGCCUAUGCACCAUGAGCUUGUAAAGAAGAUUUUAGGCAACAAAGCCACAUUUAGCCCUAUUGUCACAUUGGAACCUAGAAGAAGAAAGUUUCAUAAACCAAUUACAAUGACUAUUCCUGUUCCCAAAGCCUCCAGUGAUAUGAUGAUUAAUGGAUAUGGGAAUGAGGCACCCACUUUAAGACUACUAUGCAGCAUUACAGGUGGAGUGACACCUGCUCAGUGGGAAGACAUUACAGGAACAACACCGUUAACAUUCGUCAAUGAAUGUGUUUCCUUCACCACAAACGUAUCUGCCAGGUUUUGGUUGAUAGACUGUCGACAAAUACAGGAAUCUGUUACCUUUGCAUCUCAAGUGUAUAGAGAGAUCAUCUGUGUUCCCUACAUGGCCAAAUUUGUAGUAUUUGCCAAAUCCCAAGAUCCCAUAGAAGCCCGACUAAGAUGCUUUUGCAUGACAGACGAUAAGGUUGAUAAAACUCUAGAACAACAAGAAAACUUCGCUGAAGUUGCUCGAAGCCGGGAUGUAGAGGUCCUAGAAGGAAAACCCAUAUUUGUGGAUUGUUUUGGAAAUCUAGUGCCAUUAAUAAAGAGUGGCCAACACCACAUAUUCAGUUUUUAUGCCUUCAAAGAAAAUAGACUUCCAUUGUUUGUCAAGGUUCGAGACUCAACUCAAGAAGCUUGUGGACGCUUGUCAUUCAUGAAGGAACCCAAAUCAUCAAGGGGCCUAGUGCAUCAAGCCAUCUGCAAUCUGAAUAUCACAUUACCAGUUUAUACAAAGGAAUCUGAAUCAGAUCAAGAACAGGAAGAAGAGACUGAGAUGACAUCAGAAAAACAUGAUGAUGAAACAGAAUCUACAGAAACAUCUAUCCUGAAAAGUCACCUUGUCAAUGAAGUUCCUGUCCUAGCCAGUCCAGACUUGCUAUCCGAAGUCUCUGAGAUGAAACAAGAUUUAAUUAAAAUGACUGCCAUCCUGACAACAGACUUAUCAGAAAAGCCAGGCUCCAUUAAGGUGAAAGAUUUUGCAAAAGCUGCUGAUGAAGAACCUGGAGAGCCCUUCGAGAUUGUGGAAAGAGUGAAAGAGGACUUAGAAAAAGUAAAUGAAAUUCUGAGAAGUGGAAGCUGCCCGAAAGAAAAACGAGUUCUUCAAAGAUCCAGCUCAGGAAGAGAAGUGGUAGAAGAAGAAUGGGUUAUUUUAAGUGAUGAAGAAAUUGAAGAGGCCAAGCAGAAUGUUCCUUUAGAAGUCACUGAGCCACUUUGUACGGAAAUGAGAAUAGGAAAAGGAAAAACACAGAAAGGAACAAAAGAUGCAACUGGAAUGGUAGAUUACCUCAGUGGUGAUCUAAAAGCUUUUGUGUCUUUGAAUGAAGCGCAUCCAAAGACAAUUCAGGAAGACAUAGUAGGAGAAAAAUGUGAAGCUGUUAUUUUAAGCAGAGAUUCUGAACCAAGUAAGGGAGACCAAGAGAAACAAAGGCAACACAAACCUACCUUGGAAAUUAAAAAGCCUGUUAGGAAAAAAUUAAAAGAUAAACAAAAGGCAAAGGAUGAAGAAACCCAAGGAAAAGAAAAACAUUCAGGGCUAACUAAAUUCAGCUCUGAAGAGUCAUUAGAUGAAGAGUCAGGCUUAGCCCCUGAACAACCUGCCAAGGCAACUGCUGUGUCUCCUGUUGUAGAGGAAACUCCUAUUGGUUCUAUCAAAGAUAAAGUAAAAGCCCUUCAGAAGAAAGUAGAAGAUGAGCAGAAAGGACGUUCAAAAUUGCCUGUCAGGGCCUCAGGAAAAGAAGGGACAACUGAGAAAUCUGUUACAAAGCCGGCACAAGCUAAGAAAAUCAUUUACAAAGCAAAGGCUCCAGCUUGUCCCCCUGCCUCAAAGGCUGCAGCUUCUCCACCUAUCUCAAAGGCUCCAGCUUCUCCCUCUUCAACAAAGACUCCAGCUUCUCCCUCUCCAUCUAAACUCUCCUCUCCCUCUACCAAGAAGCCAGCUGUUUCUCCCACUUCUAAGAAGCCCCCUGUUUCUCCCACUACUAAGAAGCCUGCUGUUUCUCCCACUUCUAAGAAGCCUGCUGUUUCCCCCACAACUAAGAAGCCCCCCGUAUCACCGUCUUCCAAAACAGAAAGACUCGAAGAGACUAUGUCUGUUCGUGAACUGAUGAAAGCAUUCCAGUCAGGUCAAGACCCCUCAAAGCAUAAGGCUGGACUUUUUGAGCAUAAGUCUAUAAAGCAAAAACAGCAAGCUGUUGACAAAGAGCCAGCUAAGAAAGGUACUGCUCAGGCAGAAAGUGAAAAGAAGCAGGCCCUUACACAUAAAGAGACCCCCAAAAAAGACAGCCCCAAAAGCAAACGGGGUCAGGAACCUCAGGCAGAAACAGGUUUGCAAUUGAAAAAGGAAGCAAAGAAUAUAACUCUGAAAAAAGGUUUAGCCACACAGCAGGCAAAACAGCAGAGUAGCAAAACCACAGGAAAAAAAUCCCCAGUUGACGAAAGUUCUAAGAAUGUAGCCCUGACCUUUGAUGACCAAGGGGACACUGACCUCCAGAUCAGUCCAGACAGAAAGACAUCAACAGAUUUUUCCGAAGUCAUAAAAGAAGAGCUUGAGGACAAUGACAAAUAUCAACAGUUCCGGAACAUUUCAAUUACCGAGGAAGGUGAGCUUCACUUAGAUCAAGUUCUGACCAGUCCAUUCAAUGUUACAUUUCCAUCAGAAUAUGUGAAAGAUGGGUUUUUGCCCACUCUCUCCUUGCAAAGUGGUGCUUUGGAUGGCAGCUCAGAAAGCCUUAAACAUGAAGGUAUAGCCGAUUCUCCAGUUGGUAGCCUGCUUGGUGGAACCCCUCAGAACAGCUCUGAGGAAAGUUACAAGCAUGAGGGCUUGGCUGAAACACCAGAAACAAGCCCUGAGAGCCUCUUAUUUUCAUUAAAGAAAUCAGACAUUGCUGACCAGAUGGAAGAAACAGAACUAGCCAGUGCAGUACAGCGAACAGCAGAGACACAUUCACCAAAGGGACUUUCUCCAAAUGAAAGUGAAAAGACUGUUGCUGACCAAGAACUAAAGGCUGUCACAGAGAUCUCAGAGUUCCAUUUCCAUCAUUUAUCAGAAGAACAAGUUACAGCCUCCAAAGAGGAGAUAGGGAAGUAUAUUGAUUCUAGCUCAACUUCAGUUAGUAAAGAUGUUAUCAGGGAUGAGUUAUCUGUGACUGUUGAUCAAGGACAUUUAACUGAAUUAUCUGAAAUACAUACUUCUUCUUUAGAGAAAGAUGAGGGUGGAUCCUUGGAGCACCAUGCCAUUAGUAAAGGACUGGAACUUUCACUUCCUAUCAAUGACAGUGAAGGUCUUAGUCCAAUUGCAGAUGAGUCCAUAGCUAUAAGCCAUAAAGAUUCUCUGGAAGCAAGCCCAGUGCUUGAAGACAAUUCCUCACGUAAGACACCUGACUCACUUGAACCUAGUCCUACCAAAGAAUCCCCCUGCCGUGAUUCCCUUGAAAGCAGUCCUGUAGAAGAGAGGAUAAAGACUGGCAUGCUUCCAGGGCCUGGUCCCAUUCAGACUAUCCUUGCCAAAGCAGAGAAUUUCCCAGAGCUCACACCUAUGAGAUCAAGACUGUUACGUGACCCUGAUGGGAGUGCUGAAGAUGAUAGCUUAGAACAAACAUCACUUAUGGAAAGUUCAGGAAAAAGCCCUCUUUCACCUGAGACUCCAAGCUCUGAGGAAAUUAGUUAUGAAAUCACGCCCAAAAUGACAGAUUCGCAUGUGUUGUCAAAUAUACCCAAGUCAGCUGUGAUUCCUGAAGUUAAUGAAGAACCAGAAGAUGAUCCAGAAGGUGAGCCAAAAAAACGGUUCACACCAGAAGAAGAGAUGUUUAAGAUGGUGACUAAAGUUAAAAUGUUUGAUGAGCUGGAACAGGAAGCAAAACAGAAGAGAGACUAUAAAAAGGAUUCCAAACAAGAUGAUGUUGCUUCACCUUCCGAUCUGGAAGCUGCUUCUGAAGUUGAAAUUGCACCCUCAAGUAAUACAGAGGACAGUUCUAUACCUACUGUAGUGACUUCUGCAGUUGAUACUAGAAAGUCGUCUUCCUCUUCUGAAAGUGAGCCUGAAUUAACAAAGCUGAAAAAAGAAGCAGACUCUGGGCUGUUAAUGGAGCCUCUAAUUAGAGUGCAGCCUCCAUCACCCCAUCUUGGCAAUAUGGAUUCCAGUUCUAGUCCAGAAGAAACAAGCUUUCAGCCUAUUGAAUCUAAACAGCAUGCAUUCAGUACUGAAGAGGAUAAUACAGAAUCAGAUAAGCCAACAGAGGAAACAAAAAUGUCUGGUGAUACAUCACUUGCCUCGGAUGCUAGUAUCAUAGCACAAGCCAGUGAAUCCAAGUGCUACAGCACAGAUGAGAGUGAUACAGUUAGUCCAAAUGGCCCUGUGAUGCCACCUGAGGAGUCUUUCUACCAUUCUAAUGGUGAUGGUGCUCUAAAAGAAGCUGAGUCAUUUGAAAACUCAGUGACAUCACAUCACCACGAUGACUCAGAAAAAGAUUUUACAGCAACGGAAGAUGUGCCACACAGAGGCCCAUUUCCUGCAGGAACAAAAGAGGGUUCCUGUCAGCCUGGUACCUUUCAUUGCUGUACACCACAACAUUGUGAAUUGGCUACUGUUGUUUCACCUGUUCACUCUCCUCUAGGAUGUGAUGUGUCAGGAACUGAUAAUGAUUUUGAGAUGGUACAAAGGGAUUGUUGUAGUCCAGAGCACGCCAAAGAAUAUUCAUCUCUAAUCAUUCAAAAAGAGGAAUGUGAAAGUAAUGUAGAAAAUAAUGCUGAAAGUAGUGCUCUGCCUAUAACAAGCCCUUAUGAAAAUGUUCCUUCACAACAUUUUUUUACUAAUACUGAAAUUAGAACAGAAAUUGAUUUAAGGACAACAUCAGACCAAUUAUCUAGAGAUGAUCAUUAUGGUGAAACAGAAAAUACCUUGACAAAAUCCAUGUAUAGAUCAGAAUCAGCAGGUUCUGGGGAUCAGACCUCAGAGGAAAUCUAUAUGGAGAUAGAAUCUAAACAGGUGGACAUCUUUCAUAAAAUGCCAUCUCCAACACCUACAAGAUCAGACCCUGCAACACUUGAUGAUGAAGCUUUACAAGAUAUCCGAGAUGAAGCUGAGAAAAUAAUAAACCAAGUAAUCAUAACCAGGACAGAUGUGGAUUCUGAUAAGUGGAGUCAAAUACGUGAAGAUGAUGACGUAUUUGAUGCUCGUGUAAAAGAGGAAGAACAAAAAAUAUUUGGUUUAAUGGUAGAUAGGAGAUCACAAGGCACUACACCUGAUACAACACCAGCUAGGACUCCUACAGAAGAAGGAACACCCACCAGUGAACAAAACCCUUUCCUUUUCCAGGAGGGAAAAUUAUUUGAAAUGACAAGGAGUGGUGCCAUUGACAUGACCAAAAGGAACUAUUCUGAUGAAAACCUACACUUUUUCCAAAUGGGAGAACAUUCUCAGGAAGAGGUAUCGUUAUCUGAAGAAAUGAAAGAAGCUGAAGUCCUAGAAUCUGCACAGCAGGAUCAAACCUCAAUUCAGUCUGCAUCUUCUGAACUGGGUAAAGCAGAGAUGCAUACAAAAGAUUCACAGCUAUCUGUAUCUGAGGAUGAGGCCAGUGGCUUACAUAGCACAAAGGGGGAUAUUAAAUCUAGAAUUCCUAUUAAAAUGGGUAUUUCAGCAUCUUCAAAAUCACCAAAGAAAGAAACUGUUGCUUCUGAUGUUGAUUCCAUUUAUACACUUGACACAAGUGACACGUUAGAUAGCUCCCAGAAGCCUUGCCCUUUAUCACCCGAGCAGACUGUGAUUGAUGUGCAGUUAAAUUUUUCAACAGUCACUAGGUCUGUAUAUGCAGAACAGGAUGAUUCCCCAGACUCCUCUCCUGAGGAACAGAAAUCUGUAAUUGAAAUCCCUACUGCUGUCAUAGAAAGUGUGCCUUCUUCUGAAAGCAAAUCCAAAAUCCCAGUUAGGGCAGAUCCCACUACAACCCACUCAUUACACCAGUCAGAACCCAUAAGCCUCCCUUCAGUUGGCCUGGCAGACAACCUAGAAGAAUCACAAGAUGAUCCAUCCACACCAAAGUCUAAGAUCCCAGUCAAAGUAGUUUUCCAAAGAGUUGAGCAAGAGUGUAUGUACACCGAAACAUCAGUUUGGAAGCCAGAGUCAUCUAAAUCCCAUGACAUAACAUGCACACUACCUAUGAAACAAGACAUCAGGAGCAAAUCUGAAUCUGAUGCAAGUGUCUCCAUGGACCCAAAGGCUAAGCGUUCAGUCAAAGCUAGAAGUUAUGCUGAGGCAGAAGCAGAGGCCAGAGAGAGGGGGGGUGACACGAACCUUGAGCUAGAAUCAGACGAGCUGAUGACUGCACGACCAAAGAUACUUUCUUCACGGUUACCUGUUAAGAGCAGAAGCACCUCCGCUUCCCACAGUGCUGUUAGUCCCUCAAAAGAAAGUAAGGAACAUUUUUUUGAUCUUUACAAAAACUCCAUAGAAUUCUUUGAAGAGAUUAGUGAUGAAGCUUCCAAGUUAGUGGAUAGACUUACACAGUCAGAUAAAGAACAAGAAUUAGUUUCAGAUGAUGAAAGUAGUAGUGCCCUAGAAGUUUCGGUUAUUGAAAAUGUGCCAUCCAUUGAGACCCUGCAGUCAGUUGCCGAGGACAUCUUUGACACCAGGCCCAUUUGGGAUGAGUCUAUUGAGACUCUGAUUGAGCGUAUUCCUGAUGAAAAUGUCCCUGACCAUGUUGAAGAUCAACAGGAUGAUCGAGAAAGGACAGAAGAAAGACUAGCACAUAUUGCUGAUCAUCUUGGAUUCAGUUGGACAGAACUAGCAAGAGAACUAGAUUUCACAGAAGAACAAAUUCAUCAGAUCCGAAUUGAGAAUCCUAAUUCAUUGCAGGACCAGAGUCAUGCACUGCUCAAAUAUUGGCUGGAAAGAGAUGGGAAACAUGCCACAGAUUCAAGUCUCACUGAUUGUCUUACAAAAAUUAAUAGAAUGGAUAUUGUUCACCUAAUGGAGAGUAAUGUGGAAAUGGUUCGAAAUCAUGGUCGUACUUAUGCAGAAAUUGAACAGUCAAUGGGAUUGGAUCACAGCGAAGGAUUUUCAGCACUCCAUGAAGACCUGUAUAGCACAAGGGAUAAGAAGGAGGAAGAACAUUCUUUCACUAAAGACAGUGAGCAAUCUGAUCAUCAUCCUCCACUUGUUUCUGAAGAAGAUCUUUCUGUCAGCUACUCACCUUUGCACGAAGGCACACCCAGAGUUGAAGCAGAGGUAUCUGUUGUCGAACUCCUACGACAAACACACAAAGAUCGAGUGGAAGCAGAAUUCUCAGGGAAACCAGACAUGCUGACAGAGGAUUCGUCUGCUGUUACACAAGAGUACUUUGUCACAACUUCUGGAAUAAGUCAGACACAAGCAUCCAUGGCUGGAAAAACAGCAAGUAUUGCAAGUGAAAAGUCAGAGGGCUCCACUGCAAUAUCCGAGGACCUUGAAAGAACAUACCUCCAUACCCCAACAUCAAGUGAGCGAACUGAUUCACCCAUUGUGCAAGAACCAGAAGACCAUCACUAUCAUCAAGAAGAUAUACAUCCCAGGAAAAAUAGCCUAGUAAUAGUAGAAUCAGCUGAUGAACAGCCAGAAAAAUCAGAAAGAUAUGAAGAGGAGUUAUUGGAAAAAGAAAUAGCAGAGGAAUUAGGUGAGCUGGAGGCCAGCUCAGAUGAGGAAGAGAUGAUAACAACCAGGGUCGUUCGCCGCCGGGUGAUUAUUCAGGCUGAUGAUAUGCUUGAAAUGCCACCCGAAGCAGUGACAGAAGAGCAAUACACUGAUGAACAUGGACAUAUUGUAGUGAAGAAGGUCACUAGAAAAAUAAUCAGGCGGUUUGUCUUACCCGAUGGCACAGAAAAAGAAGAAGUAGUGAUGCAAGGAGAGCCACAGGAACCUGUUAUAGUAGAAGAGGGAGAUGGGUUUUCCAAAGUCAUAAAGCGUGUCGUGUUGAAGAGUGACGGUGAACAAUCAGAGCUGACCUUUUCCGAGCCAAGUGUUUUAUCUAGUGCCUCAGAAUUUCAGUCUGAACCUGUAGAAGGACGCAAAGUCAGCAAGGUUGUAAAAACUACAGUAGUUCAUGGGGAGCGAAUGGAGAAACACCAUGGAGAUAGCAGCUUAGCAAGUGAUCUUCCAUCCGCCAAAGAUGACUUUGAAGAGGACAACAAUGAGUAAAGCCAGUACACAAAAGAGGACUGUGGUUAAGGACCAGUAUGGAAAUCGUAUUCACGUGGAGUUGCUGGAGGAUACACCAGAAGCGCUACCCCGUGAUGACCUUCAGCAUGAUCUUCAGCAAUUGCUAAAACAUUUCUGCAAAGAUGAGUGGAAGAAAGAGGCCAAAUGAGAUGCUGCUAAAUCUCACCCACAGACCAACACACAUAUCCAUUUAAUAUACAGUGUUCGCAAUUCUUCUUUUGCUAUAGACAUUAUAAUUUACCAUAAUCACUGGAGGACACUGACAUUUCUAUUUUGGGCGUAUAGCAUAGGUCUUUUUUCUCAAUUUUUCUUCUGUUACAAUAUCUGUAAGCUAAUUUGUGACCAAAGAUAGCAUCCUUCACUUGGGAUGGUUUGUCCACUAAAAGUCACUGACUUUGUGCUGUACUGGAAACCUGAUAUAUUUGCCAUCUUUGUUCUUCCUUUGCUUUUGCAUCAGAUCCAUAAACACACAGUUUCUUCCACAGGCCUCUUCAUGUGACAAUGUACAUGCAAUUUUUAAAGAGGGACAUUAACGUUAAUCUGUAAAUAGCUGAAGUGCUUGGACUCACAAAACUGAAAGAAAGAAACACUGCCUAUUGUGACUACUUUUAGCAUCAAAGACUCCAAGAUCUAUUGAAACUGUUGAAGAGCAAUUCAUGUAAUAUUGCUAACACAAUCCAUUGAUAGGACUUGGAUCUCCUGACAAGGAAGCAUGUCAGAUCUCAUGUGUUCAUAGGACUUCCAGCUUAAUGAUCUACAUGACCUUGGAAGAUUUUAGGAGUCAUGAUGAAACCUCCAUUUCCCUUUAAACGCAGCUGAUUGCAACCAUCACAGCUUUUCUGACUCUGGGGAGGCAUCUAAAGAUUUCCUGAAGAAGAAAUAAAUUCCCAGCUCAAUAUAGCUUACUAGCAGCUAUAUUUGUACCACAUUUGCAUACUGUAUUCACCUCUUAUAGAUCAGGACUUGAGGCAGGGCGCAUUAAACUGCUCUGAUUACUGUAGUUUCCUGUUUUCAUCACUGCUUUAGCAAAACCACACUGUCUUAUUGGUGGUUCUUUCCGCUGGCCACUGCACUGUAUAUAACUUGACAGGGAGGGAAAAGAAACCCUUAUCAACUCUUCAAGGUUAUUCUACAGUUAUCACAUUCUAUCAGGACUGUCUAUUAACCUGGUACAUGCAUGUGGCGUAGGAAAAUGAAAACACAACCCUCCUGUGAUCAUGUCAAACGCUUCUAAUCUCUCUCAGCACUGAGCGAGCAGAUUUUUAUCUUCCAUUUGAGAUUCUUUUUAUUUGAGAUUUUGCUUAGGGAAGGAUACAAAUCUAUCGGGCAUUUGAUUUUUGUUGAUGUUUUAUUUAUAUUCACUACUCACCUUUGAAGAAUCAUGCUGUAAAUGUCUGCACUUUGGUUUUCCAAGAAGGGCACCUGUUGCUCUGGAAAUAUUCUGUGGUCUGUAUCUAAUUCUAAUAGUGGUCUGAAGCUCUGUAGCAUUUUAACAUAUAUAUGUAAUUAUAUAUAUUAUAUAUACAUAUAAAAUGAUAUACAUUUUGAAUCAGUUAUUUGAUAAAGACAAAGUAUAUACAACAAUGAUGAGACACGUCCUCCAGGGUUGAUAUUUUUCAAAACCUAGCUAGGCUUUCUUUUCUUGUAUAAAAAAAAUAUGACUCACUCAGUGCUCAGAAUUCUGGAAAUAAAUGUGACAAAUGGCACCUCCUCAUUAAGAUAACCAUGCUGAGAGAAAGGAAACUUUUUAUUGAAGAGGAUUUGGUUUCCUGCUUAAGAAGCUAUCCAAAGUGCUAUGCCAAAUAUUUAAAAAUCGUUGGCAAGCAGGCUGCAAACAAUCAUCGUGACUCUGAAAACGAAAAGAGACCCACUUCAGGAUACACAAUAGCUCAUUGUUCAUUGUCAAGAACAUCACUGGUUGACCUUCAAGACGGGCUCUACAAGAAAUGCAUUUCUGUUGUGUUAUUUGCGGUGCAGAUGAUGUUCUGUGUAACAGCAUAAUGGCUAUUCUCCUUUUUUGGUUUUGAUUUUUUGCUGUGUUAUCAGAGAACUUGAAUACUGUGAGAAGGUGAUUUUAAGUUGAUGAAUCGACAUCUUGUUCCCAUGGUGAUAACACUAACUGAAUAUAUCUAUGAGGGCAUGUAUUAGUUAAAAGAUUUUAAAAAACAAAACAAAACAACAACACUAACAAUACAUAGCUGCAAUGUGUACAAUGGCUGAUUUAAUUAAAUAAAAAUGUACAAGUGUUAAAUGUA